AUGUGCGGCAUCCUCGCCGUCCUCGGCGUCGCCGACGUCUCCCUCGCCAAGCGCUCCCGCAUCAUUGAGCUCUCGCGCAGGUUACGGCACCGAGGGCCUGAUUGGAGCGGUUUGCACUGUCAUCAGGAUUGCUACCUUGCACACCAGCGGUUGGCUAUUAUUGAUCCUACAUCUGGAGACCAGCCGUUGUACAAUGAGGACAAAACAGUUGUUGUAACGGUGAACGGAGAGAUCUAUAACCAUGAAGAAUUGAAAGCUAAGUUGAAAACUCAUGAAUUCCAAACUGGCAGUGAUUGUGAAGUUAUAGCCCAUCUUUACGAAGAAUAUGGGGAAGAAUUUGUGGAUAUGUUGGAUGGAAUGUUCUCCUUUGUUCUUCUUGAUACACGUGAUAAAAGCUUCAUGGCAGCUCGUGAUGCUAUUGGCAUCUGCCCUUUAUACAUGGGAUGGGGUCUUGAUGGAUCAGUCUGGUUUGCUUCAGAGAUGAAGGCUUUGAGCGAUGAUUGUGAACGCUUCAUAACCUUCCCCCCUGGGCAUCUCUACUCCAGCAAAACAGGUGGUCUAAGGAGAUGGUACAACCCACCAUGGUUUUCAGAGACGAUCCCUUCAACCCCUUACAAUGCUCUCUUCCUCCGGGAGAUGUUUGAGAAGGCUGUUAUUAAGAGGCUGAUGACUGAUGUGCCAUUUGGUGUGCUUUUAUCUGGUGGACUUGAUUCUUCUUUGGUUGCAUCUGUUGCUUCACGGCACUUAAACGAAACAAAGGUUGCCAGGCAGUGGGGAAAUAAAUUGCAUACAUUCUGUAUAGGCUUGAAGGGUUCUCCUGAUCUUAAAGCUGCUAAGGAAGUUGCAGAUUACCUCGGCACUGUACAUCAUGAGUUCCACUUCACAGUGCAGGAGGGGAUUGAUGCCUUGGAGGAAGUCAUCUACCAUGUUGAGACAUAUGAUGUUACAACAAUCAGAGCAAGUACCCCAAUGUUUUUGAUGUCACGCAAAAUCAAAUCUUUGGGGGUGAAGAUGGUUAUUUCUGGAGAAGGUUCAGAUGAAAUUUUUGGUGGUUACCUUUAUUUUCACAAGGCACCAAACAAGAAAGAAUUCCAUGAGGAAACAUGUCGGAAGAUAAAAGCACUACAUCUGUAUGAUUGCUUGAGGGCUAACAAAUCAACUUCUGCCUGGGGUGUUGAGGCUCGUGUUCCAUUCCUUGACAAAAGUUUCAUCAAUGUAGCAAUGGACAUUGAUCCUGAAUGGAAGAUGAUAAACCGUGACCUCGGUCGAAUUGAGAAAUGGGUUAUCCGUAAUGCAUUUGAUGAUGAGGAGUGGCCCUAUUUACCUAAGCACAUUCUUUACAGGCAAAAGGAACAGUUCAGUGAUGGUGUCGGGUAUAGUUGGAUCGAUGGAUUGAAGGACCAUGCCAACCAACAUGUCACAGAUUCCAUGAUGUUGAAUGCUAGCUUUGUUUACCCAGAGAACACACCCACAACAAAAGAAGGGUACUACUACAGAAUGAUAUUCGAGAAAUUCUUCCCCAAGCCUGCAGCAAGGUCGACUGUUCCUGGAGGCCCUAGUGUGGCAUGCAGCACCGCCAAAGCUGUUGAAUGGGAUGCAUCCUGGUCCAAGAACCUUGAUCCAUCUGGGCGUGCUGCUCUGGGUGUUCACGAUGCUGCGUAUGAAGAUACUCCAGGGGAAGCUCCUGCCUCUGCUGAUCCGGUCUCAGACAAGGGCCUUCGUCCAGCUAUUGGUGAAAGCCUAGUGACACCCGUUGCUUCAGCCACAACUGUCUAA